UACCUACACACCCUCUUCUCUCCACCCCCUCUCUCUCUCUCCUCUCCUCUCCCCUCCCCUCUCUCUCCUCGCGCUGCGCUCCCCGGCCGAGGCGCGGCGAGCCAGCGAGCCAGCCAGCCACCUCCUCCGCGCGCGCGCGCCUCGCCGGCGUGCAAGGCCCGAGCUCGAGCGCCCCCUCUCCCGCGGCCUGGCCCUCCUCGUCGCGCGACACGCGCGCGCGCGCUCUCUCACGGCCGGCGAGCAGUGUCGGAGCCAGCGCCAUCCAGCCAGCGCGUGGGUGGGUUGGGGGCGCGUCGCGGUGUGCUCGCCGGCCGGCCUCGUUCCCGCCGCCCGUCCAUCCGUCUCGGGGUCGAAUCGAAUUUGAAGGAUGCCCCACGUUAGGUCCGCCGCCGUGAAGCUGAUGGAGGAGCAGCUGGAUUCAUCGGAGAUGGACAUGGACGAGCCCGGCGGCGCCGCGGCGGCGGCGGCGGAUGCCAAUAAUGGCGCCGGGUCCAAGGACUGCCCCUUGCCGCCGCCGCCGCCCAAGACCGCCAAGGCUUGCGCCGCCGCCAAGAAGCCGAGAUCGGUGAGCUCCGACUUCGGCGAGGAGCUGGACCUGGAGCAGCUCGGUGCCAAGCAGCAGCAGCAGCAGCAGGAGAGGAAGCUGUCGAGGCAGGACCGCGUCGAGCUGAGCCGCUCGUUCCAGCACGCGGUGAGCUCCCACGACUGGGAUGGCGCGGAGGCGCUGGUGCGGAGGGCCGACGCGCAGGGGCUCAACGACGUGCUCUGCGUCGCCGUCGACGCCAUCUGGUUCCUCAGCGACAAGGAGGAGCUCGCCGCCGUCGUGGCCCUGAUCCGGAGGAUCGUGUCGGAGGGCGCCAACGACUUCACCCGCGCCGCGCUCCGGACGUCGUUCCUCGCGUCGUGCGUGUCGGCGUGCAGGGGGAGAACGACCAGCCUCGCCGACGCUGUGAGCUUCAUGGGGCAAAAGUUGAACGAGCGCCUUCAAGAAUCCCAUGGCGACGAGGUAUUGAAGGCAGAAGCAAGCGCAAAGGUGCACAAGUUCACAGAGUGGGCUCUAAAGUGUAUCGGGCUGCAUUCGCGUGUGCGGGAGAACAAGGGCAGAGGAAACCAUGGCACGAUCAUUGAGGUCCAACUUCAGCUGUCUGCUUUCAAGACAUUUCUGGAUCUUGCCGAUAAUGAUCUUACUGGGAAGGAUUUCACGGAGGCCUUUGACGCGGCAUGUUUUCCUCUUACACUCUUCUCAAACACCUUUGACCAAGGUUGGGCAUCAGGUAUCUCGGCAGCUGCAAUACAAGGACUCUUAGAGUUGUUAGUAGAGGGUGGUGCCGAUAAUGUGAACCAGUGCUUUCUUGAGGCUGCUCGCUAUGGAAGCACUGAACUCGUGCGCAUCUUACUUCAGAUUGCUCGAAGGAAUAGCUUGGACAUCGAUGUGGAUCUAGCCCUUGGCUUUGCUGCUCACUAUGGGAAACUGGAUACCAUGGGGUGCUUAGUUGAGGAGGGUAAUGCGGUUGCCUUUCUUGGCCCUUUAAUGCGGGCAGCUGAACGGGGAUGCCUUCAAGUUGUUGAAUGGUUCGUCAACCUUGGUUGUCGGGAUAUGGAGCUUUGCUUAGCCCUUACUGCUGCAACCUCUAGUAGCCAGGUUGCAGUUGCAGCCUAUCUUCUCCCUCUAGUCCCAAAGCAUGUUCUUGCACCCCUCAGCGUCGAAAUUCUCAAGGCUGCUGGUGAGAGGAGCACCGGUUCCCUGCAUGGUGUGGACUUCCUUCUCCGCUCAAACUUCCUCAAUGACCCAGCUGCCACAUAUGCUGUAGCAGACAACAUUGCAAAAUCUGCCGAUGAGGCAGUGGAUGCAAAGCUUAGAUCUUUCAUGCUCGAGCAUUGGUCAGAGGCAGCUUUUUCUGAGGGAUUCGCGUCUGCGCAAGAGCACUUCGUUAACUUCAUGAGGAUAAUGGAAAAGGGUGAGUCGCCGAUCUGCCUGAGGGACCUCCCACUUGAGCUGGUGAUUGCCAUGGCCUACCUACCACUGUACAGGGAAUGCGUGGAGUCAGGUGGGCGGCUAUUGCCGCAGAAGCUGAGAGGGCAGCUUGUUGAGGCGGCUGGUAGACUCGAGGGCCGGCAACUCGACAGGGCUAGCCAAGGCACAGAGCUCCUGGCCAUCUUGGAGCACCACCUCCCGUGUUUCAUGAUCCAGACUUGAAAGGUCAGCUUCCACAUGAUCUGCAUUGGUCGCUGCAAGAAGCAAAGUAACAAGGGCAAUGCACCAUCUUCAGUGUUUUCCAGUGCUGUCAUGUUCCUGCUUGGGGACAAUCAUCUGAAACGAUGGCACCUUGAGGUCUCUGAGAGCAUAGUGACUGAAGAACUCUCCUGCUGGCGCUGUUCGGAGAGUAUAUAAUUUUGGGGAGAAAAUGGUGUGUACCUUCUUGUCGAGCCAAGUGUUGAGUAGAUCUUAUUGGGAUCAUAAUCUUGAUGAAAAUGAUAUAAGCAUUGAGCAAAGUGUUCUCCAGUUUUUUCUGAGUGCUAGCCAUGGGCGUCAUGUUUUUGUUUUGGACUAAUGAGUUUUUGAACAUGGACUAGUCUCAUCUUUCUUGGCUUCACAAACAUAAAAAUGAAUGGACAGUAAGUAUAUGCUUUAUAUGCGUU